AUGACAGCUAUCGGCAAGUUCCGCCUUGAAUACCACAACUCUGCUGAAGAAGAGGAAGAUGAGAACUGGAGGGCUUGGGCUGAAUUAAUGACAGCUAUUGGCAAGUUCCGCCUUGAAUACCACAACGCCGCCGAAGAAGACGACGACAACAUGAACUUCCGCUGGAGAUGGGGCCCAGUUGACAUCGAUCUCGAGCUCAACGAAGACAAGAAGGUCGAACCUAAGAAGGGUUUGAGGAAGUUGUUAGAAGAGUAUUUGAAGGAACAUCCAAUUCGCCCAUUCCGCCCAAUUCCCCCACCAAUUUUCAAACCAUAUAAGCCACUUCGCCCAUUCUUCGGUGCUAAGCCAGUUGUAGCUCCAAAGAAGAACAUUGGCUUUAUUCCUUGGUAUAAGUACAUACCAAUCUACCAAAAAUUGCAGGAAAUUCAACGCAGAAGAAAAUAA